AUGCGUCGUCACCGCGUGGCGGUGGUUUCGGACUUUUUCUACCCGGGGUUUGGUGGUGUGGAGGUGCACAUUUAUAGUUUGGGGCAGUGUCUUAUGCGUAGGGGCCACAAGGUUAUUGUCAUUACUAGGGCUUACGGUGACACAUGUGGUGUGCGGUAUUUGACGAAUGGAAUGAAGGUGUAUUAUUUACCUCUGAUGGCUGUUAAGCUUCCUGCGGGAUCUGUUACGCUUCCAACCAUGUAUUUGACUUUCGCAACAAUGCGGUCUAUAUUCAUCCGAGAGCGCAUUACAGUUGUUCACGGGCACCAAAACACGUCGAACCUCUGCCAUGAGGCACUAUUUCAUGCCGGUACGCUGGGUCUUAAAACGUGUUUUACCGACCACUCGCUGUUUGGUUUUGCGGACGUGUCAUCGAUUCACAUCAACAAAGUGUGCGAGUGGAGUUUGCGCAACGUUGACCAGGUUAUUUGUGUGAGUAACACCUCGAGAGAAAACACGGUGCUACGGGCGAAAAUCGAUCCGCAACGUGUCAGCGUUAUACCAAACGCGACUGAUUGUUCCUUUUUUACACCGCCGGAUGAUAUGAAGUACAAAUCAUGGGCGUCGAAGGUUGAGAAUGAGGGGCUAACGAUUGUUGUGAUUGGUCGCUUAGUUUACCGUAAGGGUUCUGACCUUUUUGUGGAUGUGAUUCCUGAAAUAUGCAAACGGCAUCCGAACAUAAGGUGGAUUGUUGGGGGUGAUGGUCCCCGUAGGUCGCAGUUUCAACAGAUGAUUGAACGGCAUGACUUGAUGGAUCGUGUGAAGAUGUUAGGUUCGCUACCUCACUCUGGGGUGCGUAAUGUGCUGAUACAGGGGCAAAUAUUUCUGAAUUGCAGCUUAACUGAAGCUUUUUGUAUCGCACUGAUUGAGGCCGCAUCAUGUGGUUUGUUAUGUGUUUCCACUCGUGUUGGUGGUGUGCCUGAAGUCCUGCCUCCCAACAUGCUCUUGCUUGCGGAACCCGAUCCAUCUUCCAUCAUUACAACACUGGAGGAAGCUAUUGCCAGUGUUCCAUAUAUUUCUCCGUGGGAGCUGCACGACAAUGUGAGGAGGUUCUAUAGGUGGGAUUGGGUUGCAGAGCGUACAGAGAGAGUGUAUGAUAAGAUUAUGUGCACCAAAUCACCGUCUCUGUAUGAAAGACUAAUGAACUAUGCAUCGGUGGGCUGCGUGUACGGUGUCAUUUGUUGGUUGUUGUGUAUUGGUGACUGGUUGAUGCUAACUUUUCUGGAGUUUUGGUUUCCGUCGGAGUUGAUUGAUAUUGCACCAGAUUUUCCACUGGAGUUGUACUCUCGUAACCGGGAGAAGCUUCAAGUUGUGGGAAGCCCAUCCUGA